AUGGCAGACCCUCUAUCCCAAAGAACAGAUCCCCUCUACCAAAAAGAUGGCCAAAAACACACGCACACCUCUGCCAUAACUUCAAUCCACGCCCUGUCAUCCCUACCCGCAGAUACUCAAUCCCUCUUCAAACCACCACCAGAAACCAAACCCUAUGUCCUAACCACCCCCUCAACCAUUUUCCACGCCCAGGGCGGCGGUCAACCCUCGGACGUUGGAACCAUCUCCGCCAGCGGCACAACAUUCCACGUGCACCAAGUCCGCAAGGUCGAUCCCGCGAUCCUGCACAUGGGCGUCUUUGUUCCUUCUGACCAGAAAUUCCAAGAAAGCGGGGAAGCAGAAGCAGAGCAGAAAAUCGACACAGCCAAACGCCACCUACACUCCCGGAUCCACACCGCAGGCCACGUCAUCGGUCUCGCCGUCGCCCAUCUAAAAACCACUGGCAUAAUCGCUCCCGACGUCGUCGACGGAAAAGCGUCGCACUACCCCGGCGCCGCAUUCGUAGAAUUCUCGGGUCUCAUUCCGGGAGACAAGAAAGCUGCAAUCCAAGCCAGAGUCGAUGAGAUGGUUGCCGCGGACAUGGACGUCAAGAUUCAUUUCUGGGAUGAGGAAAAGGCGAAGAAGGAGUGUACGGGGGUUAUGGAGACGCUGAAGGGGGAUGAAGAGGAUGGCGUUAGGGUUGUGGAGAUAGGGAGUGAGGGGAGUUAUCCGUGUGGCGGGACGCAUGUGCAGAGGCUGAAGGAGUGUGGGAGGGUUGUUUUGAGGAAUGUUAAGAGGCAGAAGGGGGUUACUAAGGUUAGCUAUGAGGUGCAAGACGCUUGA